UUCACUCUUCACCAACUUUCUCACAUCUGUCUUUUUUCUCUCUGUGUUUAUCUCACAACCAAACACACCUAGAAACAAAGAGAAGCAUAGUUUUUUUUUUUCUUACACAGUUACAUUUUGUUGUGAUUUUCCCUAAAGCUAUUCUUCAUCUUACAAGCAAAUCAAUCAACUGAUGGCGGGUACUAUGAGAGAAACACCACUCGUCUCAGCUUCUGUGGAGGCGUUGUUACAAAAGCUUGUUUCUGCCGACUUCCCGAGCACGAAGGUUCACGUUCCACUCUUGAUAAACCUGAAGAAAACCCUCACGAAGAUUCAACCUGUACUUGAUCAUUAUGCCGUGAACACCAAAUGGCUGGAUCUGCUGAUAGAUGUUGUACACGAAGUUGACAGAUUGUUUGACCAAAUCAGCAUCGAACUGGAACCUCACUAUCAAACCCUAACUCCUACUACUAAGGUGCAUAACAUUUUUCAUUCUCGUUUCAAGCAGAUUCAUGAUGUCAUCAAUUCUAAAAUCCAGAAGUUAACUGGAAGAUUAGAAUGCUUGAUUUUAGGUGAAUUAGGGUUUUCGGAUUACAGCAAUGUUUCUUAUGGAACUCCCUCAAGUUCUAUUUUAGAUGAUGAAUCUUCUAUUUAUGGGCGAGGCAUGGAUAAAGAAAAACUCAAACAUCUUUUGUUAUCUAAUGAUGGUGGUGGUAAUGGUAAAAUGGGAAUUAUUUCCAUUGUCGGUAUGGGAGGGAUUGGGAAAACAACCCUUGCUAAACUCCUUUACAAUGAUCCGCAAGUUAAGGAGAAUUUUGAGUUAAAAGUGUGGGCAUAUAUCUCAAAAGAUUUCGAUGCUGUUAGAAUUUUUGAAACCAUUCUUGAAUCUAUCGCAUCACAGUCAAUUGGUAAUGAUAACCUCAGCUCUCUAAUUCUUGAAUCUCACAAUGCAAAAGGAGAUGACACUAUUUACCAGAAUCUUCUAUUAUUGUCAUUGCAACAAAUUUUAAAUACUUCCAAAUUUUUGCUAGUGCUAGAUGAUGUGUGGGAUACAAAAUCUGUUGAUUGGAUACGUUUGAUGGACACCUUUAAUGCUGGGGAAAUGGGAAGUAAAAUCAUCAUCACAACUCGGGAUGAAAGAGUUGCAAGAUCCAUGCAAACGAUUCCCUCUGUCUACUAUUUGAGGCCUCUGGAAAGUGAAGAUUGCUGGUCUUUAUUUGCCAGAUAUGCAUUUGGAACAUAUCACGGCCAACAACGAUCCUAUCUAGAGAAAAUUGGUAGGAAAAUUGCAAAAAAAUGUGAUGGAUUACCAUUAGCUGCAAUAGAAUUUGGGGCUAUUCUUUAUGGCAAAUUGUCCCUAGAUGAUUGGGAUUGUGUGCUAGAAAGUAACAUUUGGGAAUCGACAAAUCCCAAGGUGCACGCUGCUCUAGAAUCAAGUUACCAUUUUCUUUUGCCUCCUAUAAAACGAUGUUUCGCAUAUUGCUCUAUUUUCCCAAAGAAGUACAUCUUAGAAAAGAAAAUGGUAGUUCAGUUGUGGAUUGCAGAAGACUUGGUAGAUUCGUUCGCUGGUCAGGAAAGUUGGAAAGUUGGAGAAGAAUACUUUGAUGUACUAGUGUCAAAAUCUUUGAUACAACGGCGGUCUACCGAGGACAAAGAAGCAAACUUUGAAAUGCAUAACCUUGUCCAUGAUUUAGCCACGAUGGUUUCAUCUCCAUAUUGUAUCAGGCUGGGUGAACAUUACGUACAUGAAAAAGUACGAAAUUUGUCAUACAAUCGAGGGCUAUAUGACUCAUUUGAUAAGUUUGAUAAGUUUGAUAAGUUGUAUGGAUUAAAAUAUCUACGUACUUUUCUAGCAUUGCCAUUACUAAAACAAUCGCUUUGUUGUUUUCUAUCGAACAAGGUAGUGCAUGACUUGUUGCCUACAAUGAAACAAUUGCGGGUGUUGUCUUUGUCCAACUACAAGAGUAUCACUGAGGUUCCCAAGUCUAUUGGAGAUUUGUUGUACCUGCAGUACUUAAAUCUUUCUCACACCAAUAUUGAAAGACUGCCGUCUGAAACAUGCAACCUUCACAAUCUGCAGUUCUUGUUGUUGGCAGGCUGUAAAAGGCUCUCUGAAUUGCCUAAGGACAUGGGAAAAUUGGUUAAUCUACACCACCUUGACGUUAGUGACACUGCAUUGAGGCAGUUUCCCGUACAAAUAGCCAAACUAGAAAAUCUCCAAACUUUGUCUGACUUCGUUGUCAGCAAGCAUAAUGAUGGAUUGAAGGUCGCAGAGCUGGGAAAAUUUUCCCACCUAUAUGGAAAACUUUCCAUCUCACAGCUACAAAAUGUUAAUAACCUCUUUGAAGUAGAUCAAGCCAAUAUAAAGAUGAAAGAAGAAAUAGAUGAAUUAUCUUUGGAAUGGGAUUGUGAUAGCAUUGUUCCAAAUUCACAAAUUAAAAGUGUUGUACUUGAACAUUUACGACCCUCAACAAAUCUGAAAUCUCUCACUAUCAAAGGUUGUGGUGGAAUCAGCUUUCCAAAUUGGUUAGGUGAUUUCUCAUUUAGAAACAUGGUGUAUUUAAAGAUCUCUAAUUGUGAUGAUUGUUUAUGGCUUCCACCCCUUGGACAAUUGGAAAAUCUAAAAGAACUCUCUAUUGAAGGGAUGUCAUCAGUACAAACAAUUGGCAUUGAGUUCUAUGGAAGUGAUGACUCUUCAUUUCAACCAUUUCCCUCCUUGGAGAUUCUACACUUUAAGGAUAUGCAGGAGUGGGAUAAAUGGAACAUAACUGGAGGUACGUCUAUAAAGUUUCCUAGUCUCAAAACUUUGUCACUAAGUAAGUGUCCGAAACUGAGAAUAGAAAAAACACUUGAAAAUUUCCCUUCCUUAGCUGAACUUGAGUUAAGAGAAUGUGCUCUACCAGUGCAAUCAAUGCCAUCAUCAAAUCAUGUAUUAAGGCAACUAAUGUUCCCUCUAACUUCUCUUCAACGACUGACAAUAGACGGAUUUCCGUCUCUGGUAUCUUUCCCAACAGAUAGUCUACUCAAGACCUUGAAAUUCCUCACAAUCAAUAAUUGCGAGAAUCUAGAGUUCCUUCCUCAUGAAUACUUGCACAACUAUACGUUGCUUGAAGAAUUAAAAAUAUCUUAUAGUUGUAAUUCAAUGAUAUCAUUUACCUUAGGCGUUCUCCCUGUCCUUAAGAGUCUAUUUAUUGAGGGUUGUAAAAAUUUGAAGUCAAUAUUAAUUGCAGAAGACGCGUCCCAAGAGAGUCUCUCAGUUCUUAGAAGCCUAAAAAUAUGGGAUUGUAAUGAACUGGAGUCAUUUCCUCCUGGCGGAUUGGCUACUCCAAACCUCAAUUAUUUUGCAGUGUGGAAGUGUGAGAAGCUUCCUUCACUACCUGAAGCAAUGCACACUCUAGCUGUUCUUCAAGAAAUGGAAAUUGAUAAUCUACCAAACCUUCAAUCUUUUGCCAUAUAUGUUUUACCUUAUGCUUUGCGGGAACUGACAGUUGGCUUUGUUGGAGGAAUUAUGCGGCAUAUUAAACAUUCUUGGGAAUAUCUCCCUUAUCUUUCAGUGUUGCGAAUUAACGGCGAUGGUACGAUUAAGAUGUUGCUGGGGCGGCCAUUGCUUUCUGCAAAGCUUGUGACAUUAUGCAUAUGUGGUCUUGAUGAUACAAGCAUUGAUGACAAGUGGCUUCAACAUCUCACUUCUCUCCAAAACUUUGAGAUUGUUAAUGCUCCCAAACUCAAGUUCUUGCCAAAGAAAGGAUUGCCUUCCUCUCUUUCAUUACUAAGUAUGACUCGCUGUCCAUUACUGGUAGCGAAAUUGCGGAGGAAGAGAGGCCAAGAAUGGCGUAAGAUUGCUCACAUUCCAGCCAUAAUUAUUGACGACGAAUUGAUCACAUAAGUUUCAUGUCUAGUAUCUGUGUUAUCCCUGCUUCUGCCCAAUCUCGUUGUUGUGAGAAGCCAAAAUUCACAUGCAUGAACUGCAACCAAAUCCAGUAAAUGUUUUACUGAUCAGGAGCAGAUGAAAAAGAGAAACAACCACUGACCACAAAUAUGUUUGAUUGAUCGAGGGCUUCAUGUGGGAUUGAUGACUUGCAACAAGAUGGCAGCAGUUGAAUCUAAGCCUGUUUGCAGAUCGACCGGGGGGCUCAAAGGGGCAUGGGAUGACUAGAAUCAAGAUGGAAGAAGUGGCGUCUCAGAAUUCAGUGAAGGAGAUGAUUGCUGGAGUAACUACGAUGAGCAGUGAUUAUCUGUCAGAGUUGAUUUCCACAACUACUUUGCUGCUGAGCAACGACUUUGAUUAUCCAUACUCAUAAAAAUCAAAGAGCAGUGUUUUCUUAUAGCUGCAUUUUAUUGUGAUGCUAUAACUAAGCAACGUCCGGUGACUUUUGUUCCAGUUUUCAGCUUAUGUGCAGGUGUUGUUUGGAUAAUCAUGUUUUAAUUUUUACAACUUAUUGUUCAAGACUCAUGAAUUGCAUGUGCAUAUUUUGAGUUGAGAGAUAUGACUCAGGAGCUGUAAGUAACAUUGUAUACCAUAGUGAUCCUCACGACAGAUUUGAUCCUAGACCUGUUUAAGCAAGGUUUCUAUUUUCAAAAUGGAAAAAAAAAGUGCACUUGAAGUUAUUCAUAAACUAAUUUGUUGCUACAUCCUUUAAUACCAUUAAGCAUAACAAGGAAAUAUAAGCUGUUAUCUUCACAUGAUCAGAGGCCUAAAAGACAUUUAGUGUUCUAUACAUGUAGUGCUGGAAAUAGUUAUUUUAUGCUUUGUUUUUAAAUAAAUUUUUUUAAAGAGUGAAUUCUCUGAUUGAUUAAUUUAGUUUCUACCAAUUUACUUGACUUGUAAAGGUGACAUGAUUUUUAUUAGUAACAAUAAAUUAUUGCCAAAUUAGCUCAAAAACAGGAUGAAGAAAUGACCAUCAUAUGAGAGUUUUUAAUUGAUCAAAAUUUUUAGACUGGUUUAUGACCUGAGUACCUUUACUAGCUCCUACACAUGUUAACACUUCUUAUUUUAGUUGAUGGAAACAACUUGAUAAACAAUGAUUAUGACCUACUUACAUUGUUUUAUUUUUUUGAAAAAACCAACUUCAUUAAGAACAAUAGCACAAUAAGUGCUACCAAAACAAAAGUUACAAAGAACUUAUAACAAACAGCACAAUAAACACUGAGGUAUAUCAAUCACAAGACCUUGGCUACAUCAACUACCAAGAACACUAAAGCUAAACCCACCAAAAGAACUAGAAUAAUUGAUAAACAAUCACAGCCACUUCCAACACUAGGCAAGAAGACAAUCGGCCACGAAACGGUUCCCACGCUCUUGGAAAAAACCUGCAUAUUCUCAUUACUCUGCAAAGAUAAAAUUCUGCGGAAACAUACUCUUGCCACCAAACUCUACCUAACACAGAGCUACAACACUCAA